AUGUUAAAUGAUUUCAAAUUCUCUCCGCUUAGUGGUGCUAACGCAUUUGUUAACAAGCAAAAAGAACUCCGAGUUACAGCUUUUUCAUGGCAAAACUGCGGACCAAGUAGUGAUCCAAUUCAAAUUAAAUCACUUUCAGCUAGUCCAGAUCCAGUUUUAGUACCUGGUAAUUUGACUCUCACUCUCACUGUUAAUGUUGCAUCAACAAUUCCAAGCGAUACUCAUGCUGCAUUGACCAUGGAACGAAAAGUGGGCGGCUUCUUUGUUAAAAUUCCAUGUGUUGAUAACUUUGGCUCCUGUACGUAUGGAGAUCUCUGCAAAGAUUGGGCUUCAGCUUGUCCCAAAUACUUUGAAAAGUAUGGUAUUCCCUGCAGCUGCCCAAUUCCUCCUAAGACUUAUACCAUAUCCGAUGCUGUUAUCGACAUCAAAGGACAUUUACCAGCUGUAGGCGACGGUGAAUAUCGAAUAACUGCCGAUCUUGGUUCGAGUGAAGCUCAUCUUGGCUGUAUUAAACUUCAAACAUUAUUGAUUCGUACAGUGAUGUCACUCUAUUUAGUCACAGAUGCAUUUCGUAAACUCGGCUCGCCGGGUAUCAAGAAUGAUGAUUUCUAUGACCGGCUUAGUCGCAAGUAUUCAUUGAUACUUCUCGGUGUAUCAUUUUUAAUUGUCAGCUCAUCACAAUUUGUUGGUCACCCAAUUAAUUGCUACACACAGAAUAUCGCUGGUAGUCAUACAGCGUACGUUAAUUGGGUCUGCUGGAUAAGUUCGUCGUACUAUUUACCGUUCGAAAAACCCUUACCGACACGCUAUGAAAAACCACCCGAGAAAAUUCCUUAUUACCAAUGGGUACCAUUCAUUCUUCUUUGCAUGAUGUUUCUUUUCUACUUGCCGGGUUUCAUAUGGCGUAAUUUGAAUAAAGCUUGUGGAAUCAACACAAAAGUGAUUACCAAAAUGGUUGCCGAUAUGGAUCAAAUGGACGGAGAAAAACGCGAAAAGGCUGUACGAGCUCUGGCUAAGCAUAUUGAUAAAGCUUUAGCUUAUCAUCGAGAAUAUGAUCAUGGUUUACUAUAUAAUAUCCGUCGACGUGUUGGUUCAAUUCUUUUCUGCAGUGUUGGUCGCCAUUCUGGCAAUUAUUUAGCAUUAACCUAUGUUUUGGUGAAAUUACUUUAUAUUGCAAAUGCUGUUGGUCAAUUGUUUCUUUUGAAUGUAUUUAUGGGACGUGGAUUUAGUUUAAUUGGUCUAGAAACCAUUCAACGCUGGAUGAACGGUCAAGAUAUGGAAGCUGUCGAACGUUUUCCACGUAUAACUAUGUGCAAGUUUAUUAUCCGAACACUCGGUGAUAAUAUUCAACCAUAUGACGUUCAAUGUUUAUUACCAAUUAAUAUUUACAAUGAAAAGAUCUUUUUAUUGAUAUGGUUCUGGCUUGCUUUCGUUGCUGCUGCUUCAAUCUAUGGUUUAUUCAAAUGGUUAUUUUAUUUCACAUCGAAUGCUCGAGCAAACUUCGUUCGUCGAUUUUUGAAAGCUAAUGACAUUCGUUAUUUUUCGCCAUCAACAACAUCAUCAUCGACUGGUAUCGGCUCCAGUCAUGAUCAUGAUCAAGCACCAAUCAAACGUCUUGAAGAUUUCGUCAAUAGUUAUUGUCGUCAAGAUGGUGUUCUUCUUCUACGUAUUAUCAAAAAGAAUACAAAUAAUGUUAUUGCUGGUGAAGUCGUUUGUGCCUUAUGGGAUAAUUGGAAAGUUAUGCCCCAAAUUCGUUUUAACGCUUCACCAGAAUCGGACAAUGGUGGUCAAAUUAUUGGCCUAGGUGUUAAAACUCCUCUCACAAAGAUUGGUGCUGGCGAAGGCAAUGAGAAAUUAUUACCCCCUAUGUCCGGCAUAUUAUCCUAA